AAAAAAAAGAAAAAGACCUUCUCCAGUAUCGGUUCUCAUGCCGGUCAACUGGUGAAAAAACAUAUCCCUACUAAAAAAAAAAAAAAAGCCUUUUUCUCACUUGCAGCUUCUAAUCAGUCCAUAUGCUCAAUAGACUCUGAACAAGAAAAAAAAAAAAAAAAAAAGAACAACAAUAAACUUGUUGUUUAUAGAUUGCUGGAAAGCAGUUUCCUGUGGUGUUUGGUGGUUUUCAGGACGGUUUUUUGAGGGGGUAUGGGGAGGAUGGGGAGUAAUCAGAAGGCUUACUCAGCGAAUCCCAAUGAUUAUAAGCUUCUAGACGAGGUUGGGUAUGGAGCAAGUGCAACUGUUUACAAAGCGAUCUAUCUUCCUUUCAAUGACCUCGUCGCCGUUAAGUGCUUGGAUCUCGAUCGAUGCAAUAGCAAUCUGGAUGAUAUACGAAGGGAAGCUCAAACCAUGAGUUUAAUAGACCAUCCAAAUGUUAUCAGGGCAUUCUGUUCGUUUGUUGUUGACCGAAAUCUUUGGGUGGUGAUGCCAUUCAUGGAUGAAGGUUCUUGUUUGCACCUCAUGAAGAUUGCAUAUCCAGAUGGGUUUGAAGAGGCUGCUAUUGGUUGUAUUCUUAAAGAAACUCUUAAGGCUUUGGACUACCUACAUCAGCAAGGGCAUAUUCAUCGGGAUGUUAAGGCUGGAAACAUAUUACUCAACAGUAAUGGGGUUGUAAAGCUCGCGGACUUUGGUGUUUCAGCUUGCAUGUUUGAUACAGGUGAUAGACAACGUGCUAGAAAUACUUUUGUGGGAACUCCAUGCUGGAUGGCACCGGAGGUUCUGCAGCCAGGAGGUGGAUAUAAUUCCAAGGCUGAUAUUUGGUCUUUUGGCAUAACGGCAUUGGAGUUGGCACAUGGUCAUGCUCCAUUCUCAAAAUAUCCUCCAAUGAAGGUUCUUUUGAUGACUAUACAGAAUGCCCCACCUGGACUUGAUUAUGAUCGUGAUAAAAAGUUCUCUAAGUCUUUUAAAGAAAUGGUUGCAAUGUGCCUGGUAAAAGAUCAAACAAAGAGGCCAACAGCUGAGAAGUUAUUAAAGCAUUCAUUUUUUAAACAUGCAAAGCCUCCAGAGCUUUCUGUGAAGAAGUUAUUUGCAGACUUGCCCCCACUUCCGAGUCGUGUGAAAGCCCUUCAGCUUAAAGAUGCUGCUCAGUUAGCUCUGAAAAAAAUGCCUUCAGCAGAACAAGAAGCUUUGUCCCAGAGUGAGUACCAGAGAGGAGUUAGUGCUUGGAACUUCGACAUUGAGGAUUUAAAAGCCCAGGCCUCGCUAGUGCGAGAUGAUGAUGAUGAUGUGCCUGAGACACGGGAAGAGGAUGACUGCAUCAAACAAUGCAUUGAUAAGGCUAGAUCUGAUGUUUGCUCCAAUUCUGUGAAACUGAAUUCAAAUAGUGAAUUACACCAAGCUGAGUGCAGAACACAAAUAGAUGAGGAUGGAAUACUGCAGGCUGAAAGCUUGAACAGAAAGGGCAAGUUUCUGGAAAGUGACAUGGUAGAAGAAAAAAUUGGUUGGAAGAAACUUGGAUCAAAUGAUGAUGAAAAAGCAUCAACCUCUGAAAGGGAAAUGACACAGGGAAAGCCUAAAAUGGUGAAGAGUCGUCAAACUCAGAGUGGACCACUAGUGCCGGGUGCUGUACUUGGCCAUUCAUUAUCGGACAAGGGGCGUUUUUCAGAAAGGUUCGAGAAUGACAAUCAGCCAACAACAGAGAAAACUAUUCCGGAAGUUCGAAAACUUCCAAGCUUUAGUGGUCCACUCAUGCUUCCAAA